AUGCUCGACUCGGCCAAGCUCCGCGGCGCCGUCUCGCGGCUGCUGCGCGAGAGCGGCACGGAAGAGCUCAGCACCCGAACGGUCCGCGAGAAGCUCGAGGAAGAGUUUGGGUUCGCGCCCGGCGGGCUCAAGUCAGAGAGGGCACGCAUCGCCACCGCGAUCGACGCGGCGAUCGAGCAAGGGAAGAGGGCUGGGCAUGACGCGGCGGACGAGGCGGCGGCGGACGAGGCCUCCCGCCAGCUCGUCCGCUCGUCCGCCGCAGUGCGCGCCGACCGCGCGCCGCCCUUCGAGUACUCAGUGCUGCACGCGUCCAAGGCGUUGCGCAAGAUGUCGCGCGACGGCGCGAGCGUGCCGGUGCACAAAAAGGGGCGCGGGCAGGCAAAGGCGCGCUAUCUGGUUGCUCUUCCGGGCCACCUCGCGCCGGUCGCGGGCGGCGAAAUCGGCUCGAUCGAGAAGCUCGACAGCCCGCACCCGGAGAUGGUGCUGCAGUGGCCCGCCGGCCGCUUGCGGCUGCGCGGCACAGUCGUCCGCCCGCGCGCGAAGUGCCUGACACUGCUGUUCAACUGCUGUGCGAGUCCAGAGGAGUGA